AUGGUAGGCAAUCAACGAAUGAAGCAUGAGUCGUCAACUGCCCGUCGAGCAUCUGGCCGUGCAACCGAUCGUUUUGAGGCCACACAACCACGUGGAGACCCAACGGGGAUGUCGCAAGCGGAGCAAGCCUCGAUAUCUUACGACUAUGGAUACACAGGCAACUACGGUUCCUUGCAGUCCAACGAAUUGCAGUACCAGGACUAUGCACAGCAAGAACAGCAGGCCCAGCAGGCCCAGCAAGUGCAGCAUGCCCAAGCACAGCGCGUUCCCAGACGACGGCCACAAGAAGCCUUCUAUGAUUCCAUGCUGUACUUCAACCAGCAGGGUCCAGCCCAAGGACCCUUCGAGGACGUUCCACAGUACCAGACACGGCAGUCUGCAGCGAUUGAGACGCUGAAUCAAUUUGCCGUUCCACAGUAUUUCGAGGAUUCUGCAGGGUCUGGGGUCCCAGUGCUCUCGUCGUAUCUCAACCCGAUCCCUUAUAACCAACCGGGCCCAAUGCGCCCAACCACUCAGUUUCCAACCAGUUUCCCCAUCGGCUCUGAGUCUAUGAACCGACUGGAACCCGAGCUGUCCCUGCAGUCCGAUCCGUCGAAUCUGGAGGAGGCCGUGGGUCGAUACCAACGAGUCCUGCGUCGCACUUUCGACCAUACGCGAGCUGGAAGGUUGGUAGAGGCUGGUGGAUUGCUGCUGGAAAUUUCCGAAUGGCUCGUGACUAAUGCGCGGGAUUUAGGGCUCCUCCGCGACGACGGUAUACAUUACUCCGACCGCCUCAAGCUAUGGAACGACUUUAAUUUGUGCUGGUUGGCAUUCUGUCAAAAGCAAAAAGAUCUCAUGCUGGCUAUGAUUGCCGGUCAUCCAUCGCAUAUCAGUUUACUACAUCGAGAUCGCCUGGAAGCCAUGGGAAAGGACCUGGUUCAACUGUGUGACCAAUUGGAACAGCACGGCCUAGUGGACUAUCAAAUGGGCAUCUGGGAAGAAGAGAUUCUAUCUGUCCUGGGCCAAUCCCUCGAUCUGAUGGAUAGCAGACCCGAACUCCCGGACCCAAUAGGCGCACGCCCGUGA